UGUGUGUGCGCGUGCCAGUAUUCCUGGAUCCACCACAAAUACUAAAGAUGAUUGAGUGUUUAGGACCAGUCAGCUCUUCUGGGUUAGGGUUUUGCCAACACAUCCUCAAACUUUCUUUCUUUCUUUCUUUCUUUCUUUAUUUAUUUAUUUAUUUAUUUAUUUGUGGUACUCUGGGUCUUGUCCCAAAUCCAGCAUUCAGAUUUUGAAAAAAUGUCUUCGAGCCAAAUGCUUUAAGAUGAAUCUUGACAGCAGUAGAAGUCAGUGAUGAGCGCGCGCAGUGCGCAGGUCGGUGUUGCUUUAAGAGUCUGAGCUCUUGUGGAAGUCGAGGGCUGUAACACUGACGCAUAGGGGCAGGACCGCAUGGGGUGGGGGUAGGGAGACAAAACGCCCAUUCUCAAUCUGGUUCCUAUUAAGCCCAUGAGUGCACUAUAUAGGAUAUGAAGUCAAGGCGUUUCCACACUACAUAGCGCACUAUUUGAGCUCUUGAUGCGCGUUUGGCACCGAGCCGGAGAGGAACGCGCACGCAGCCGGUCAGCGUUCUCUUUAAAAACUCCGUGACUUUCUCCCAGCAGUACUCCCGAGUGCUCAGAGUUGGGGGCUGACAGUAAGAGCUAUGUUUCUAUGAAGGACCCAGGGAUUUUUCAGUCUGUACUAACUCAUCUAGAUUUCAGAGCAGAACCUGAGGAGGUGCAGAAUAAACGCGUGUUGUUUGGGAUGAGUGUUGCGCGCCAGUAAAAUCACGCCGGAUUUAGGCUGGGUGCGUGGAGGGUCAUCACCGACGUGGAAUCGCUUUGCAAAAGUUCUUUUGCAAAAAAAAACAAAACAACAACAACAAAAAAAAAACAUGCUGCAAAAUGGAAAAACCAAAGAAGAACAGCCAGAGACGAAAUCCGAAACGGAAAGCGAGAGUAAGAGUGAAGGCGCAGAGACCAAACCGGAGAAGGAGCGCGAGUCCACACAGUUCCCCAUGCCCAAUCCUAACUCUGCUGCUGGAUACCCGAAACUGGAGAUCAAACGCAACGCCGUGACGGACGACUACAAGAUCUCCACUCAGGUCCUCGGUUUGGGGAUCAACGGCAAAGUGCUGGAGUGUUUUAACAAGAAAACCGGGCAGAAGUGCGCCCUGAAGAUUCUCUACGACAGCCCGAAAGCGCGCCGCGAGGUGGAGUUGCACUGGCGCGUCUCCAGCGGGCAGCACAUAGUGCGUAUCCUGAGCCUCUAUGAAAACAUGCACCAUGGGAAAAAGUGCCUGCUCAUUAUCAUGGAAUGUAUGGAAGGUGGAGAGCUCUUCAGUAGGAUUCAGGCCAGAGGAGACCAGGCCUUUACUGAGAGAGAGGGCUCUGAGAUCAUGCGAGACAUCGGCACUGCCAUUGAGUACCUGCACAACAUGAACAUCGCACACAGAGACAUCAAGCCCGAGAACCUGCUCUACAACAGCAAAGACUCCAACUGCGUCCUCAAACUCACAGACUUCGGCUUUGCGAAGGAAACCACACUGCACAACCCACUGCAGACGCCGUGCUACACUCCGUACUACGUCGCUCCCGAGGUUCUCGGUCCUGAGAAAUAUGACAAAUCAUGUGACAUGUGGUCUCUGGGUGUGAUCAUGUACAUCCUGUUGUGUGGCUUCCCGCCGUUCUACUCCAACACAGGUCAGGCAAUUUCACCAGGCAUGAAGCGGCGCAUCCGCUUGGGCCAGUACGAGUUUCCCAACCCCGAGUGGGCCGAAGUGUCAGAGGAGGCCAAACAGUUGAUUAACCAGCUGCUGAAGACUGACCCUAACGAGAGGAUGACCAUCACACAGUUCAUGAACCAUCCCUGGAUCAAUCGGUCCAUGGUGGUUCCUCCAACGCCGCUGCACACCACACGCGUCCUCACUGAGGAUAGAGAACUGUGGGACGAAGUGAAGGAGGAGAUGACGAGUGCUCUUGCCACCAUGCGCGUGGACUAUGACCAGGUGAAGAUUAAAGACCUAGAUACCUCCAGCAACCCACUGCUCAACAAGAGAAGGAAGAAAGCUGCAGCGGCAGGAGGAAAGGGCGGAGCCACUGUCUGUAACAGCCAAUGAGGCGCAAGGGAGAGACUGAAAGAAGAGGACAAAUGGACAGAUUUAUGGAUGAGUGGCACAGAGCGUGGGGAGGUGGAGGAGGAAGUGAAUGUGAGGACAGAAUGAGGACACUCCUUCUCCUUCACUGUAACCAGCACAUCUCACACCUGCCCACACACACACACACACACACACACACACACACACACACACACACACACACAUGUAGAUGCUUCUAUAUGUGUUGUUUAUAUAUUUUUUCAAACAUUCAGUUGCAUAUGUGUAUUUUAUAAGUAUGUGUGUGUGUGUGUGUGUGUGUGUGUGUGUUCGGUGCAUUCAUAAUGCCUUGAGUUUAUUAAUACAGAAGCUUUCCCGAGACACUACACACCAACGGUACACUGCCAGUGUAAAGCAGUCAAGUUUAUCCUUCCUCCUCACUGCCUCCUCUUCCUCGUCUACUCGGGCAAGAAGAAGAUAGACUCUAUGAGAACACACACUUCAGUGGACACGCUCACUACUAGGACCGAUUGUGUGUGUGUUUUGUACUUCACUUGAUGGGCUGCAUCAUGAUCCAUCAUCAUUUCUUCAUGUCUUUCUCUUUUAGCUCCUUUUUUGAUCGGAAGAAAGUUUUCAUUGUUUCAUGUGUUAACCCGACACUUGACACUUACAGCAGCAUUUUGGCCAAAAAAGGUUUUUUUUGUGAUGUUUGACAUUUCCCUUAGAGUCUUUUAUUAUGAAUUUGCUAAGUAAAAUUUGCCAGAGAGCAAUCACUGUAUUUAAGGUGACGUUGUUUUAAUAAAAAAUGUAAAAAAAAAAAAAAAAAUCACAAAGAAAGAAAGUUAUCAUUGAUGCUGACAUUGUAAAUUGUAAAUUUACUGACUGUAAAUGCUACAUUUGGAAAUUAUAAAGAUGUUAUUCUGAAUAAUUCUCCUCGGGGCAGAUUAUUCCUCCGUGUGAGUAUUAGGCAGUCAUGGAAAAAGUACCAAAACACACUGAUUUGACUAAAAGUGGUGCUACUGAGGUAAUAAUUACUACAGUAAAAGUAAAAGGAAUGAUCAAGAAGUUUAAAGAUCUGCUUGAAGUAAAAAUCUACUUGAGUAAUUACCUCACAAAUUAGUCCCCGCCCCGAAAAUACUAAAAAAAUUUAUUCUGUUGUAUUUUAUUUCCUUUUUUUUUCUUUUUUUUUAAAGAAAAGUUUAUUACCAAGAUGAACAGCACAAACAGCACUGGUCUAGCUAACAAACUUAGCCAAAUGAUGUUGCUUGCUAGGUUUGUUAGCCAGCUAGCUAGCUCAUGUUAAUAUAACAUGUUUCUAGCUACAUGAUAGCCAUCAAGCAAAGAUACCCGCUUAUAUAUCCUGAGCUUUAACAUGACAGAUGAUCACUACCUAACAUCGAAGUGACAUCUUAAGUUUAAUGUAGAACUUCUGUAUUAUGAAAUAUGAAAAUAUCUGGCUAAAGAGUCUGGCUCACUCAGCUAGCUAACAGCUCAACUGUGUAUACACAUGUCUACGCAGAUCGGAUUUUAAGUAAACUUUCAACAGGCUUUAUUUAGAUUAGACUCUCGAAAAUGUGCGUCUUUCGAUAGCGACGGGCUAGCCGGCAAACUGUGAUAAGUGAUGUAUAUUUUCCUCCUCGAAACAGUGAACUGUAUGGUCAGUGUUAUAGCUUGAACGAGCGAAUAUGCCUGUAAGCAGAUCAUUGUAAAUACUGUGUAACUCAUUUAAAGGCAAGAAGUGCUACUUCGUUUACUGUUGAUGCUGUGAGCAGCCAUGUUGAUUUGAUGUCACUUGCUGAACUCGGGGGUCGAGGAGACCGUUCCGAGUUCCUGAGUAGGAAUUCCGAGUUAAAGGGGCUUUUCUUCCUUUGUUUUUUUUUCUAGUCGUUUUCCGACCUCCAAUGCUGCGUGUGACCUUUAAGGCUAUUAAAGAGAUGAACGCAUUCCUGGAAGGAGCCCACCAGGAGCC